AGAGAGCAGGAGAGUCCCAAAACCUAGCCCCCUGCGUUCUGCCGUUCUCCCUUCUCCGUCUCGCCAGAAUCCGGCCGACUUAGCCCUACACGAGACCGCAGGCCGCCGCCUGCGUUCUCCCUUCUCCGUCUUCGCCCGCAUCCCGCAGCAGUGCUUCUACCCGAGUCGGCGACCUCCCACGGCUCCAGCUCCAGCGGCAAUCGACGACCUUCCCUCCGCCUCAGCUUCCGCUCGCGAUUCGCGAAGGAACGAGUCCGCCGGUGACCUCCCUCGGCUCCAGCUCCAGCGGCAUUUGACGACCUCCCUUGGUUUAGUCCGCCUCAGCUCCAGCUCGCGAUUCGCGAAGGACCAGUCCUUGCCGAGCUGCUCUGCCUCCCUGGAAGCAGCUGCGCCUCGCAUUGCUGAAUAAGACCCUGGCUUUCCCUGUUUUAUUCGAUGACGGCAGUAGCGCACAUUUCAUUCGGAUUAUUGCCCAAGGUUACUUUGUUUGGUGAUAGAACGCCAGCAAAAGCUGGAUGCUUUCUACGGAGGCGCCGCUCUUCUUCUCUAGUGGUAUUAGCCAUGUCCACCAGCAGCAACAGCGGUGUCCCAAUCAUGGUAAAUAGCUGUAGUGGAAACAUGGGGAAGGCUGUCAUUAAAGCAGCAGAUUCAGCUGGGCUUCAAAUUCUUCCCUUAUCAUUUGGCUCGGCAGAGGAGUCUGGACAUGUCAUAGAAGUUUGUGGUAGAAGUAUUGAGAUUCAUGGUCCUUCCACACGAGAGGCUGCCCUUGCCUCUACCUACGAUGAACAUCCAAAUAUGAUUGUCGUUGACUAUACAAUUCCUGGUGCAGUGAAUGAUAAUGCGGAGACCUAUUGCAAGGUUGGUGUGCCUUUCGUUAUCGGAACCACAGGUGGAGACAGGGAUAGAUUGUACAAGACUGUUGAGGAUUCAAAAAAUUAUGCUGUGAUAUCCCCUCAAAUGGGGAAACAGGUAGUUGCGUUUCUUGAUGCUAUGGAGACUAUGGCUGAAAGGUCACCCGGUGCUUUUUCUGGCUAUAAGCUUCAGGUGAUGGAGUCUCACCAAGCAGGAAAGUUGGAUGUCUCUGGAACUGCUAAGGCUGUAAUAUCUUGCUUCCAGAAACUGGGAGUGUCAUUCGAUAUGAAUGAUGUACAAUUGAUUAGAGACCCGAACCAACAAGUUGAGAUGGUAGGAGUUCCUGAGGAGUAUCUGUCUGGUCACGCUUUCCACAUGUAUCAUCUGACUUCACCUGAUGAGACAGUUUCCUUUGAGUUUCAACAUAACGUAUGCGGUAGGUCGAUAUAUGCAGAGGGUACUGUUGAUGCCAUCAUCUUCUUGUCAAAGAAGGUUAUGUUGAAGGCAGAGAAGCGGAUCUACAAUAUGAUUGACGUACUGAGAGAGGGUAACAUGAGAUAGACUGUUUGGAUAGCGGAAGGAAUAGUUUAGUUAGUCUAGCUUCCUCUCUGAAGUUUUGAUCCGCACCAAUGAAGAACUGAUGUUAACCAACGUUGUAAUGAGGAAAUGCAUCCCCAAGAUUGAAGGCAUGCGCAGAGCUAUUUCAAGCUUGAAGCUGCGGCAGGCAUGGAGGCUAUUGGUGAUUUAGACUUUUAGCAUUACAAAUUCAGAAUCUGGAGUCAAGACAUUUGUUGGAUAUUCUUCUUUGUUUUGGCGAUGGUGAACUUUUCAGGCAAUAAGAUGUUGGAGUGUACAAUAGAAUUGUCAAUUCAGAAUGGAGGAAGUCAAGAAACAGUUCGAAUUUUUAGUAUUUCAGUGCCAAUCAAUCCUUGAUUUUGGGUC